AUGACGCCUGCCCCAAUCAAUGGCCACAAGAGGGCCCGUUCGUCUUCGGAAUCUGAGUCUGAGGCACUCCAACCGACCGCCAUCAAUCAACGCAAGGAGUUCCCGCCCCGCAUGAUUCUCUUGCACCUGAGCGCCCUCUUAGAUUGCGAGGAGUCCAUCACUUGUGUCUCGAGGGCCCUCGCAACCGAGGUUUUCCCCCGGGGUGACCUACACAAGUUCACGAAUGAAGCAAUCGUCAGCGCCCACAGCAAGUCCCCGAUCGCCUUCGAGAUUCUGGGGAACAUCAUCGGCCGCCACCUCACUCUUGAGGAAGCCACGCGCACCAGAGAGGCUUAUGCGCGAAUCCAAAACGAAGUUGGUGGGCCGCUACUUCGGGCGGCGCCUGGGGCCAAGGCGUUCCUCGAAACAAUGAGGCACCGCCGCGAUGACAUCAAGCUUGCUGUCAUCUCCCAGAACCCCCCGGCUGCCGCCACCACACUGGCGGAUAUGGGCCUCAUGGGCCUAAUCGAUGUUAUUAUCCCGCGCAUCCAAAUCCAAGCGCACACCGCCGACCCCCUCGCGGCCGCCGCCUUCUUUCGGGACCAUUGGCAGCGGAUGGUAACACCCACCUUCACCGCCCUCUGCCACGGCGAACCGACAGCCGCCAACCACACCCACAGCGGCAACCACAACCACAAUCACGCCCGCGGCCACAACCACGACCACAACCCCACCAACAGCGCCAACACCGCCACCUCCGCACCCCGCCCCACCCCCACCCCCAGCACCACUAGCAACACCACGACGACGACCAGCACCACCACCGCCCACAGCAGCGAGCGCACCCCGACCCCCGUCAACACGGACGCGGAGCCGCUGCAGCCGUGGCAGACGCUGAUGGUGUCGUGCGGGCUGUACGACCUGACGAUUGCGCAGCCCAGCGGCAUGCAGACCUGCUGGGUGCGCAAGAUCAGGGACGGCGGGGAGGCGGCGGCGGCGGCGCGGGAGGCGUCGGGGGUGCCGUUGGAUGUUGUGGUGGAGCGGUUGGGGGAGUUGAAGGUGAUGCUUUUUGGUGGGGGGGGUGAGGGUGUGGUUGGCGGUGGUGAUGUUGGGGUUGGUGGGGGGGAUGUUUUGGGUGCGGAGGAGGUGGCUGAGAUUUCGGCUGAUGAGGAUUCGGAGGUGGAGGUUGUAAAGGUGGUGAGGGUGGCUGCCGCCGAGGUGAUUUGA